AUGGAGACUCCAGGGAAGAAAGUGUUGCUCACCUCCAGUGGUGACGAGAUUUCGAAGAAUAUCGCUUUCCACUUGGCCAAACGGGGCUGCAGGUUGGUUUUGAUGGGCAAUGAGAGCUGUCUUCGAAGUAUUGCCGAAAAUAUAACUGGUUCGCUGAAGGGUGUGGUGCCGGUGGAGGUGGUUGGUUUAGAUAUGGAGGAUGACAGGGAGGGAGUCUUUGGUGAGGCAGUCGAUAAGGCAUGCAUGAUAUUGGGAAAGUUGGAUGCUUUUGUACAUUGUUAUACGUAUGAAGGUGAAUACUUCACGAGCGAUUGCAUUGGACAUUUGAAAUGCUGGGAGUUCCCUAAAUUCAUUUAA